AUGCAGGUACUGAUUAUAACGCGUAAGUCGGCCACAGUCGCAGCACAGUGGAUUAUAAAGUGGAAAGAAUAUGUUGAACGCAAAGAAAAAAUAAGUUCUACGAUUAGAGCUAAAAAACAAAAUAAAUAUAGGGUAAAAGACCCCGUUAGUGGUGGGGACCCCAUUCCUGACACUUUCUUUCAUUUUGUAAAAUAUUUUUUCAUUGAAAGAAAAAGUGCCACUAAUAGGGUCUUUUACCUUAGUGGUGAACGACCUGGAGCAUCAGCAGGGUUUCCGGUAAAAUUGAUUGAGAAUGUCAAAGUGAUAUGUGACAAUGACACAAAACGAAAAACUCCAUUCAUUAAUAAUAAACCUGGUAGAUCUUGGGUUGAAGGCUUUUUCAAACGUCAUCCUAAUGUUUCUAAAAGAGUUUCAGAAAACUUAUCUUUGAUUCGGGCAAAAGCGACAGAGUACGGUACACGUGAAUGGUUUGGAAAAGUUGGUGACUAUUUCAUCCAAGCUUUAACAGAUGAAAAUGACCUUUUGAAGAUCGAUCUAAGUAGGGUUUUUAAUACAGAUAAAAUUGGUCUUUUUAUGAACCCUCAACUUAAUCAGUACUCGCGCCAGAAGGUUGCUUACGUUCUGAAAAACACAUUGGAAAGUUUAGACUUAGAAAAAAUAUUGGAAAAUGAAUUCAAAACGUGUGGGUUACACCCUUUUGACCCCAAUGCUAUUAACUACGGCAAAGUAUUUAAGAAGCUUGAAAAUUCAUCUGCUGCAACACCUAACAGUGCCGAAGAAGUAUUAAACGUACCUCAAGAUUCGGAAACUCUAAGGCUUUUACGAAGCUUAAUAGAUGAUGAAAACUGA